CUCGUGUAUGUACUCGUGCUUGGAUUCGUGGAAAAAAGCAGCAAAGCAAAGGCGUGUAAUGUAAUGGCGAGAUCGCGUUGGAAAUUGCUCUCUUCUUCUUCAUCAAUUUCCUCUCUCUAGUAAUCUCACCGUUUCCUAACCCUAAACCACAGCCUCCGCCGCCUAUCGCCGCCGCCGACGAAAUAACUCCAAAAGAAAAUGGCUAAUACAGAGGUGACAAAGCUAUUGUAUAUAGUGGUAGGAGAGCCAGAGAAAGACUCUUUUAGAUAUACGCGUUCUGUUCUGCAGAGUACUCUUCAACUUAUGGGAUGUAAACCUCGACAUGCCUUUAAGAUUAGCAGGACAGUUUUUGAUAAGAUGAGAAGUGAAUGCAUGGGCGAUAAGUUGGUAUCAGCAGAUAGAGUGCAGGCGGGACAGGAUAACUUGAAAGGCCUUCAUCAUAAAGAGUCUAGUGCCUUUAUUGAUGCAUUCUUGGAUAAAGGGGACAAUCGAAGUGAGAGUAAACCAUUUGAGUUGUACAAAAGGCGCACAACAGUGGUUGUCAAGAGAAAAACGUUUUUAGAUGUUGUUUGUGAUGCUCUAACCGAAUACAAGUAUAUGGGCCCCAACCAGAGGGCUGACUUAAUUUUAGCUUGCAGGAUCCGAGAGAGAAAAGAAUCUGUAACCGUGCUAUUGUGUGGGACUAGUGGCUGUGGCAAAUCUACCUUGUCUGCUUUGCUGGGAAGCAGGUUGGGCAUAACAACUGUUGUGUCCACCGACUCCAUUCGACAUAUGAUGAGGAGUUUUGUAGAUGAAAAGCAAAACCCUUUGCUUUGGGCCUCAACCUACCAUGCUGGGGAAUAUUUGGAUCAAGUAGCUGUUUCUGAAGCAAAAGUGAAAAAAAGGGCAAAGAAGUUAGCUGGCAUUUCAACCCCUCCAAUACAAAAAGAAGGUGUAAAUGGUCCGACUAAUGGAAAAUCUCCACCUGUUGGGAUUUCAAGUGCUGUUGAUUUGAUUAGUGCCAGAGAAAUGGCAGUUGAAGGAUUUAAGGCACAGAGUGAGAUGGUAAUUGAUAGUCUUGAUAGGCUAAUCACUGCCUGGGAAGAGCGGAAAGAAUCAGUCGUCGUGGAGGGUGUUCAUUUGAGCCUUAAUUUUGUGAUGGGACUAAUGAAGAAGCACCCCUCAGUCAUACCUUUUAUGGUUUACAUUGCAAAUGAGGAAAAACAUUUAGAGAGGUUUGCAGUACGUGCAAAGUACAUGACACUUGAUCCUGCUAAAAACAAGUAUGUUAAAUAUAUUCGGAACAUCCGGACAAUACAGGAAUAUCUCUGUAACCGAGCUGACAAACAUUUGGUGCCAAAGAUUAACAACACCAAUGUUGAUAAGAGUGUAGCAGCCAUUCAUGCCACUGUAUUCGGCUGCUUAAGGAGGCGUGAGACAGGAGAGCAAUUGUAUGAUCCAAUCACAAAUACUGUUGCACUCAUUGAUGAGGAAUACAGGAACCAGUGUGCUGCCAAUUGUGUGAGCUCUAAGGGAAUGUUUCAACUGAUUCAAAGACAAGGUUCUUCUAGGCACUUGAUGGCUCUUCUGAAUAAUGAUGGAUCAGUAGCAAAAGCUUGGCCAGUUUACACAUUGGGCAAUGAUGGGAAGCCUAAUAUGGACCAUUCCAUUGCGAAUGGAAUAGGGACCCCUAUGUAUGGACCACUGCAGAUUGGCAAGGCUGAACCUAUUAAUCUGCAAUUUGGCCAUUUCGGGAUCAGUGUUUGGCCCAGUGAUGUUGGUGGUACGAGUCAUGCCAGUAGUGUUGAUGAAUCAAGAGGUGAGCUGACAGACAAUGGCAGCAGGUACUAUUCGUCUUGCUGCAGCUCACCAAGGUUUUCUGAAGGACAUGCAAAGGAGCUCAAAGAGGAUCAAUCAGUGCAUGGUAGCGAUGAAGAGGUUGACGAACCACUUGAAAGAGACAGUGAUGAGGAUCUUAGUGAUGAUGGGUCCAAACAAGUUGACGAUGAGGAAGGCUCAGUGGAUGAGGAAUCUACCAAAUCAGACGAGGAGUACGAUGAUCUUGCCAUGCAAGAUAUUGAAGAAGAUGGUUAUACGACUGAUGUUAAUGAAGAGCUACACAAUAAGUUGGAGUUGAGUAAUAAGGUCGUACCUGUUUCAGGGGAGCAGCUAACUGAAGGUAUUGAGACGUAUAGGAAGAGCAUCGAUCAGUCCUUCAGAAGUAAGAGUGCUAUAAUUUUGGAGCCACCUCUUGGGAGCUACACUUCUUUUCUCAAAGAGAAGAAUGAGAAGAGAGUCCCGACUUCUGGAAACAUUAGAAUAAAGAAACGCUCUAACAGUAUUCCAACCCUGGGAAAGCACGGGACGUUGAUAAAUGGCUCUACCUUCCCAGAAGAAGUGUCUAGGUAGCACCAUAAUUUUAUUGUGUGGUUUUCUUUCAUGCUCUUGAUGUAGUUGCUUGUCACCUCCUUCAUGGCCUCUUUUCUUUUCUCUUCGACUUUACUAGCAUGUUUCUCUUUUGUUUUUAGCUUUGUGGUUAAACGUUUCGAAAGAGGUAUCACCUCUGUGUAUAGGAGUGCAUCUGCAUUAAAUUAUGCCAGAGAAUGCCUGUUUAUUGAGUGUGGUCUUCUUCCAAGGUCUUGAUGCAGUUGAAGCCUCGCAUCCCACCUCCCUCGUGGCUUCUUUGCUUUUCUCGUUGCUAGUUUUGUUCUAUUUUUUGUGAACUUACGAAAGAAGUGCAUCAGAUAACCUCUUCUAGA